ACUACAACAUUAGCACGCUUCCGGUUUUAGGCCUUGAGGUGUUUUUUUUCUGAGAAGAGCAAGCAUUGAGAUUCAAGAAAUUCUAAAUCUAAUUUAGAUCACAUCUAGACAUAUUGUGACAUAGAUAUAGAUCUAUAGGAUAUAAACAAACAUCUGGAUCUAUUUCUAAUAUAGAUCUAUAUUGUUUUAUUUUCCUUUCUGAUGGAGGCCUCACGAAUUUGUGUUCCAGGUCAACGGUUAUGUCGCGUUGACGAUAUGCAUGUUCCUGGAAAUGGGACGUAUGCCAGUGAUGGAUUUAUUUACUCAAGUAUUUUGGGUUACUGGAAUGAACGAGUUAACAGUGAGAGCAAGGAAAAAGUGAUUGAUGUUCUUAAUAGUUAUGCUCAAACAGUGAUUCCUUUUAUUAAUGCUAUAGUAACAGCUAGAGUAACAAACAUCAAUCCAAGAUAUUGCAAAUGUGAAAUUCUUACUGUUGGAGACAAACCACUGUCAGAUUUUUACAGAGGCCUUAUAAAAAAAGAGGAUGUUAGGACUACUGAAAAAGAUAGAGUGGAAUUGUAUAAGUGCUUUCGCCCUGGAGACAUCAUUAUUGCUCGUGUUAUAUCAUUAGGAGAUGCACAGUCCUAUAUAUUGAGCACAGCUGAAAAUGAACUUGGAGUAAUUAUAGGCAUGAGUCAAGAUGGAAUAAAAAUGGUUCCAACUAGUUGGUGUAAGAUGCAGUGUCCAAAAACACUCAAUGAAGAAUUUCGGAAAGUGGCUAAAGUGCAGAAAGAAUACAUUAGAAUAGCGGAACACUUCUUUUGAAUACUAUUAAUAUUCUAUGACAUUUUGAAAGUCGUGAUUGGCAUAAAUGUAUGAAAAAUUGAAACUAAAAUUUUAGUAUGAACACUGUAAAUAGAUACAAGAUAUUUAAGAAGAAGAGGAGGUUAUCUAUUAAUAGUGCUUUAAACAUUCAGUUAAAUGUGACUAAUUCUCUGGUAUAUAGACUUUUUAUAGUAAAAGUUGGAAAUAAACAACACCCAUGGAUAUUGUCCCUCUCUAGUAUUAAUUUAGUCAAGAGAUAACUCUUUUUCGGACUGGAUUGGAUUAAGAGUGUUUAUUUUGAAAAUUUGAAAGAAAUCUCUUUUUUAUUUUAGAAAUAUGAAACAAUCUAAGACUGCCUGGACAUGUGGUAUGCACUCUGUAGUAUCGAGUUUGAACCCUCCCCACUGUCCUGCAGAGGUAUGGGCUAGGGUGUAAUAAUCUCUCAAUUCUGAAGAAACGUCCAUAACAUGUAAUACCCAGUGCGUGUACUAAACUUAAAUUUUUGGAUAAACACUUGGAUGGAAAAACAAUUUUUGUAUUACUCCAUAAAUGUUAUUCAUAUUCUGUUCUACUAGAAAAAAAAAUUCUCUACUGCUUAUGUCAUGAUAUAUAUUAAAUAGUACAUUUAUGGUUAUGUUUUAAUGCUGGCAUUUAUAUUGUCUUUUGUGUGGCAAAACACUUAAUUAAAGGAUCACAUUGUUAGAGCUGAUCUUAAAUCUACAAUAUAACCCAUCACACAGAACCUUGUCCAAAAGAUGCAACCAAGCUUUAUCAUGGACACUAUUACAUUUACAAUGAAUAGACAAACAUUGCAGCUAGCUGUCUAUAAAUUGGACAGUACCGGUACUCCGUUGCAAUUUUUUUCUUCUAGAGUGAGAUGCUAAAUCAGUAAGAGUAAAUUCAUUGCAUCCUUCUAGUUCUUAUAUACCACUAUUUCUAUCCUGGUUUUUACUUGAACCUUUGAAUUGGUGACAGAAUCACACCUUUCCUUUUUUAUUAUAUAAAGUGUGUCCUUUUUGUUUAUAAAAGAAAUAUGAAAAUUAUAAAGGGAGAAAAUCAGCAAGUGAAAAGAUAUUGUUAUCUUGCAUUGAUCCCUAGAUUAGUAUUUUAUUAUUUUGAAUUCCAGUAUUUGCUAAUUAUUAAAAAAGCAUGCUUAGGAAUACAAACAUUGAUAUCUUCACUCCCACCCAGAGAUGGGAACUUUUCAUGAAAUUCACUGGACCGAUUAUUUUCAAAGAAUUCAGCAAAUCCUUAUUUGGGUUGCCACAAUGUAUUGGUUCACAAAAAAGUGGUUUAGAAAAUUUCUUGAAAUUUUGCUGAGUCUUUUGCCAUCACUGCUGAGUUAAAGAGGUAUAAUUUGUUUGUAUAAAAGCCACAUUUAAACAAUUGGCAUUUCAUGACUUGAAAAGUUUAAUUUUUAGUAAUCAUUAUCUGUCCCUAAAAUAAUCAUUAAUAAAAAUAUUUGUCUAUAUUAUAUUAUGUACCAGUAACCUUAUUAAUAUUCUUGAUUAAUAAUGAAUAUAAUAAAAAUGUUUCAUUGUAUUAUGUUGAUGUAAAUAAUGAUGGUCCAAUAAGGGAAACAUGAAUCUAUGAAAUGUAAAUUAUUUCUUUUUAAACAUGAAGUAAAGAGAUUACUAUUGGU